AUGACCGGUUUGAAAGACAUGGGCAUGAUAUGCAUUGCAAAUAUGUCUGGGUCUGGAAACUUGUGAUGCUGAGGGGCGAAUCAUGAGGAGGCCACAAGUGACGGCUCAGCAUGACAAGUUCCUGACUUGCUACGUGUUCUCUAUUCAGCAUGACAAACUUGGUCUUUGCAUGACAGAAAGUUGGGGCUCCUUUGGGAUACUGUGCAUGACAGACUUGAGAGUCAUGCUGGCCGAGCAUGUUGACAAACUUGCGCUCUUGUUCCAGACUCAGACAUAUUUGCAAUGGAUACAUGGCCAUGGCGAAGAUCAUGUUCGAGACGUUCCAGCUAUCAAAGCAAAAAUUGUUAACGUUAACGGUUUUCACAGAUGGCAGCUAUGCAUUACAAAUUUUGCCAUUGCCUUCCAUGCAUGCUACGAAAUACAAAUUUGGGCACCUUUUCUGAUGCGUUACUGCAUCACAAAUUCCGUUAACGUUAACACUUUUUCUUGUGAUACCAGCCCCAGCUGCAGGAGUUCCUGCACACCCAGCUGAAGCGGAUGGAUUCCGAUGAUGACGGCAAGCUGGAAAUGAACUCGCACCUGGUUCCGGGCUUUGAGUUCAUGAAAGUCAUCGUCGACAUGAUGAACAAGG